ACAGGAAUAGCAAAUCGGAAUGAUCUUGUGUUACUUUUUAAUCCAGAACAUAUAAAAACGGUAUACAGAAAUGAAGGCAUAUACCCAGUUAGAAGAGGCUUGGAAAGCUUCGUCCACUACCGAAAGGAAUACAGACCAGAAUUGUUUAAAUCUGGUGGUCUUUUAACGGUGCAAGGCUACGAUUGGCAUCUGGUUCGAACCAAAGUUAACCCUGCCAUGAUGCAACCAAAAACAGUUCGAAAAUAUGUCGAACCUGUUGAUCAGAUUUCGCAAGAAUUCAUAAAUCGGAUGAUAAAACUCCGUGAUGCCAACAACGAAAUGCCUUCCGAUUUCUGGAUGGAAGUCAAUAAAUGGGCAUUAGAAUCUAUUGGAAGAAUUGCUUUAGAUACAAGAUUGGGCAGUAUAAGUGACAAUCCGACAUCAGAGUCUCUAAAACUGAUUAAGCAUGUUCAUAUGAUGUUUGAAUUGAUUUAUCAGUUGGAUAUUUUACCAUCUGUGUGGCAAAUAGUGCGGACGCCUAACUAUUAUAAGUUGAUGGACUGUUUUGAUGUACUAAGAGACAUUACAAGUAGACAUGUUUCGAAUGCAGUUAAGCGUUUGGACGAAUCGCCACCAAAACAUUCUGAAGACGAGUUGAGCGUGGUGGAAAGGCUGAUUACCAUCGACCGCACCAUUGGACAAGUUAUGGCCAUGGACAUGUUGAUGGCAGGAAUUGACACUACAUCUUCCGCAGUUUGUACCCUACUAUACUAUUUAGCCAAAAACCAAGAUAAACAAAAUAUUCUAAGAGCGGAACUUAGAGAAGCUAUUCCUGAGCCUAAAGGACAAAUAACUAAUGAUAUUUUAAGGCAUUUGCCUUAUCUGAGAGCCUGCAUUAAAGAGUCUUUGCGAAUGGUACCUGUUGCUCCUGGUAAUUUAAGAGUAAAUCCCAAGGACAUGGUUUUGGCUGGAUAUAGAAUCCCAAGUGAUGUAAGUUGA